AUGAAGUUCACCACUUUCACCUCUUACCUCCUGCUGGCCGGUGCCGCCGUUGCCAUGCCCCAGGAUAACGGCAACGCCGCCGGCUCCGCUGCCACCGACAUCUCCAAUGCUGCCUCCACCGCUGGCGGUGCCGUCGCUAGUGCCCUGAGCACCGCCGCCAGCGCUGCUUCCACCGCCGCCAGCGCUGCUUCCACCGCCGCCAGCGCUGCUGCUUCUUCUGCCUCGGCCAGCAAGUCCAGCGCCACCGAGUCCUCCUCCAGCGCUACCACCCACACCUCCACUUACACCACUGCUGUCACCACCACCAACUCCAACGGCCAGACUACCACCAUGAGCUCCACUGGCACCGCUACCUCCACCGGCGGCGCCGUCGCUGCCACCGGUCUCGGCAACGCUGCCAUGGUUGGUGUUGCUGGUGUGCUCGGCGUCAUGGCCGCUCUCUAG